AACGUGUGAUGUGGACGGAGGUUCAGUCAAUGGCUUCUGGAGUUUUAUUUAUGGAGUAAGCACGAACGUUACGAAAUGGAGCCCUCAAAGAUGAAGCCAGAUGAAUUAAGGGAUAGAUAGGUAGAUAGAUAGAUUAUUUAUUUAGGGCAUUCAGAACUAGGUAUCUAUAAGACCUCAUAUUUCAUACCCUAUUGGGUAAAUACUCAUGACGCGGUGAUAAUGAGCACAUCUUGGGAGUAAAAGCGGCGGAGCGGCGGUCCUUAUAAUAUUUGCUCGCUAGAUGGCGCAAGUGAUCCAGUUUCCAUAGGAUUAACGGCACAUUGCAGAUUGCAUCGUCCUGUAUUAUAGUAAGCAACAACAAAUCAACAAGAUGUGAAAUGGCAUUCAAAGGCACAGCGGUCGAUUCAAAGACCGUGCUGAUCAAUCUGCUGCUGUGUCUGCUCAUAUUUUAUUCCCUUUUCUACAUGAUCGGGAGUGUUUGCUUCGGAGCUUUCAGAUUGGAUCAAUUUGACGGGCUGAUUCCUUUUGAUUUCAAAACUGAACCUGCUGAGUCCAACUCCAAAUACCUGGUCAACCUUCUCUCCUUGGAGCUCACAUACUUCUGUAGUGGUAUUCUGUUUGCUGCGGUGGUGAGGAGGAGGGUUUGGGACUAUGCCCUCACCGUCACACUUCUCCAUGUAAUAAUCACCAGCCUGGUGAUGUUAGAGUUUCCUACAGUAUGGCAGUGGUGGCUGGCUUUAGGAAGCGGCUUGUUUCUGAUGAUUUGUAACGGUCAACUGAUAGCUUACUUCACAUGCCAAAGCGAGCAGAGCUAUGCCACCUUCAGCUACUACUGACAAGCCAGAAAAGCAGCUAAUUAGUUUACAAUCAAAAAAGUUAAUCUAUCAUUUGUAUUCAUCCUGUUGACUUUGGGACACCAGUUGAUUUAACUGAAAUAGAAAACCUAAGAAUUUUUUUUUUUUUUUUUUUUUUUACAAAUUACUACUUAUAUAAACUUUCUGUUUCCACACGACGACAUUCCAGACAUUUACGCAACCAUAAGUGUUUGUAAUCAACCCGUUUUUCUUGUUAGAGACAAAAAUACUUUUUUUUUUCCUAAGCAACUCACUAAAAGUCUGCAGCAAUAUGUGGGGAGAAAGGCAGCUUUAUAUUUUGUGCUUAUAGUUCAGUCAUUGUAUCUUUUUCUCAAGUAUCUAAAUAUACAUUUCAACAGUUUACAAUAUUGCAUAGGAGUGCAAUAUUUUCUGCCUCUCAUAAAAAAAAAAAUGAUACACAGAUUCAAAAAUGGCAAAACACUAUUUCUUGCAAUUUAGAUUAUUGUAGCUACAGGUAAACAAAUCCCCAAAUUGCUUAUUUUCAAUAACAACCCACAGGUGAUCUACAGGGCUCACAUCAAGGUAGUUCACUGACCAGACAGGAACAACAUGGUCAUCAAACCAGCUUUUGAUUCUCUAGGUAGUGAGAGCAGACGUUUAUCAGAAAAGAAAAUCAGCAUCUCCACAGCAGAGAGAAGCAUGAAUUGUGCAUAAAUUUUCUGAUAAAUGGCUGCAUGAUUCACUGAUAAUUUCCUCUUUACCUGUAAGCAAUACGCAUCACAGUUAUAAGAAACAAAAAGGAAACAGCUGGCAAACAUGUUGCACUUUAACACAUAUUUUUUUAUUGCACCUGUAAUUAAAAGGACCUCAACAAUGAAAAAAAGUUUGCCAUAACCCAAUACCAGUAAAGUACCAGUUUAGUCCUUGCCUAGAAAAGCCAAAGGAAGCUGCUGACACUAACUCUGAUUUAGGAGUGACUUUACAACAGGAUAUGAUGAAGAGUUGUAGCUCCUGUCCUUCAUACUGUCUAUCUGUGGUGGUCCUUUUGAGGCUGAUUCCAGUUGCAGCUCAGUCUUUAAAUAUUCCCCAAAUUCUUAAAUGAGCUUUUCUGCACGACCACCAUUCAAGUGCACAUAAUCUAUCUUGCACUAAAUAUUGUAUUGAUACACUUGGACGCAGCAGUAUGGAAGCAGCUAACCUCUUUAACAAUCCUUAUCGGGUUACACCUCUGGAGGUCAGUUGUCUUCCCCAUGACUGUGUAGACCAUGCAGGUCCGUCCUUUUAUCAAAGUUAGUUGUGUGGAGGCAGGAAAACAUCAUCAUGCUGGACAAUAGUUGAAGACCCCUGGUAUAAACUAUGGCAUUUCUGUGCUGAAAAUGAUUUUUAUUGGUCUUUUAUUUUUGUAUUUUAUCUAACUGCAAGUCAUAGUCAUCCGAAAGAGUAUCCCCUUGUGUGAUAAAUCUGUUUCAAUUUCUGAAACAGCUGAACUCUUUUGUCACAACCCAAAGUAGAUCCUGUUUGUAUUUGUUCUAAGAAUAGCAUUGAAUUGUUUUUCCAUAAAUGCUGGAGCUGUCUCUAUUUUGCUUAUCAUGUAUUCUGCUUCCGUCUCAAAGUAUUCAGUGUUAAGAAAGCCAGUAAGAUAUGCUGUAUUAAGUGAAUGUAUUUGCAAAAUGGGAUCUGUGCAAU